CCGGAGUCGUCCCGUCGACACGCUUCACUGUCAACCCAAGCUGAAAGCCCUUUGUCCCGCGGUGCCGGCCCCUGUGUUCCUCUUGUCGCAUCGACGACCUUCCUCCGUCAGCGCCCAACCCCGCCAACAUGCCCACUAUAUCCGUGGAUAAAGCCGCUUUGUUCAAGGCGCUAGGUCAGGAGUAUACGACAGAGCAGUUCGACGAGCUGUGCUUCGAAUUUGGUCUUGAAUUGGACGAAGAUACCUCGAACUCUGAGCGGCCAAUUGUCAAUGGAGUCCAAGAACCCCCUCAGCUAAAACUUGACAUCCCCGCGAACCGCUAUGAUCUCCUAUGCUUCGAAGGUAUCGCUUUGAUGCUAAAUAUUUUCCGAGGCAAGACCGUAUUACCUAACUACCGGCUCGUGACACCACCGAACGGUGCGCUGCAGACAAUUGUAGUAAAGAAAGAAACUGCGAAUAUUCGGCCGUAUAUCUCGGGAGCGGUGUUGCGGAAUAUCCACUUCGACAAAGCCCGCUAUGACUCUUUCAUUGCUCUACAGGACAAACUGCAUCAGAACCUUGCGCGGCAGCGGACGUUGGUGUCCAUUGGUACCCAUGAUCUUGACAAGCUGCAGGGGCCCUUCAGCUACGAAGCUCUCCCCCCGAAGGACAUAAACUUUGUCCCCUUGAACCAAAACACAUCCAUGAAUGGGGAGGAGUUGAUGAACUUUUAUGAGAAAGAUAAACACUUGGGCAAAUUCCUCCAUAUUAUCCGCGACUCCCCUGUAUAUCCGAUUAUCUAUGAUUCAAAGAGAACAGUAUGUUCGCUGCCUCCAAUUAUCAACGGUGACCACUCCAAAAUUACCUUGGACACACGGAAUGUCUUCAUGGAGAUCACCGCUACAGAUAAGACCAAGGUUGAAGUUGUGAAUAACAUCAUGGUUGCAAUGUUCUCCCAAUAUACGUCAGAGCCAUUCACGAUCGAACCUAUCCAGGUUGUAUCCGAGCACAACAAUGAAACUCGUCAAGUUCCCAACAUUAAACCACGUUUGACUCAAGCGAGCAUUUCAUACAUUAACCAGUGCUGUGGCCUAAAUCUCUCUGCACAAGAGAUCUGCGAUCUCCUAAAGAAAAUGGCAUAUAUCGCGAAACCUUCCAAAUCAUCAGCAGACCUCAUCGACGUCGAAGUACCCAUUACUCGUGCAGAUGUGCUCCAUGAAGCGGACAUUAUGGAGGAUGUCGCUAUAGCCUAUGGUUUCAACGAGUUGCCAAGAUCAUUCCCUAGCAAAUCCGGAACGAUUGCCCAACCCCUGCCUGUAAACAAACUGACAGAUAUCAUUCGGACCGAGGCUGCCAUGGCAGGAUGGUCCGAAGUCAUGCCGUUAAUUCUUUGCUCCCAUGACGAGAAUUUCGCGUGGUUAAAUCGCAAGGAUGAUGGCAAUACUGCGGUGAAGCUUGCAAACCCCAAGACCGUGGAGUUCCAGGUGGUUCGGACCAGCCUUCUUCCGGGACUUUUAAAAACCAUCCGCGAGAAUAAAAGCCAUACCGUGCCAAUGAGAAUCUUUGAAGUAAGCGAUGUGGCCUUCAAAGAUAUGAGACUUGAACGCAAGAGUCGGAACGAGAGACAUUUCGCUGCUGCUUGGUACGGAAGGACUAGUGGCUUUGAGGUUGUCCAUGGUUUGCUCGACAGGGUGAUGGCCAUGUUGAAGAGUGCAUUUAUUGUCGGCGAAGAGGGACUUGAUAACCCGGACGUCAGCGGUUCGCGAUAUUGGAUUGAAGAACUAGAAGACCCUACCUACUUCCCAGGACACGCUGCAUCAAUACACGUCUGUAUUGGAGGCAAAGAACAUGUCAUCGGUACGUUCGGCAUUUUGCACCCUACUGUCCUUGAAAAGUUCGAGUUGAAAUAUCCUGUGAGCACCCUUGAAAUGAAUAUCGAGGUCUUUUUGUAAGACAUAGACGUAUUCGAUUUUUUGUGUUGAUGGAUAGUUUUAUGGAACGUGAAAAGAAUAGAUCGUUGGCUAGCGCUCUUGGGUUUUAUGAACUGAAUGCGAUGAUGAGAAAAAUAGAACAUUGCAUUAUUCCUGACGCUUGCUCAUGAUGUAUUGUUUCCUUGGAUCCGGAAAGCUCUCAUUAAAGUAAUCGGACUUUCAGUCAUUCACCAGCAGUCUGAACGCUUCCUUGGGUAGAAGUAAUCUCUUUUGUGUUUAAACUACACUCCUAAUCGCCAAGUUUCCGUCCAUUCAGCAGAAAACGUAGAAAAUUGUUGCAUAUUCAUGAUGCCCAUUUUAACAUUCCUAGGACAGUAGAAGAAAUCUGGGGAUGAAAAAGAUGGGACUAGAAGAAAGGAGGAAAAAAACAGCUAAUUAAUUUCACUCCUGGGGGACAGCGGCAGCUUCUGCGCCUUCUUGACCUUCCUGCUCGGCCAAUCGCUGUUGCUCAGCAGCCUGCUGGGCAGCAGCGGCCUUAGCACCGUAGUCCUGGCUCAUUGGUUGGAGGACAGGCUGCUCCUCCUUGGGCUCGAUGAUGGUGACGGAGUCAGGGAGAGAUUUCUGAGGACCGGACUUGCCCUCUGGGUCGCUACCGCGCAUGAUCUUGACCUUGAUACCGAGCACACCUUGACGGAGGAGAACGUGGCGGGUGGCGCUGUCGAUGAAGUCUUUGGCGGGUUGACCGGAGUGAAU